GUGAAUUGGUGCGUCAUGCGUGGUGUUGCGCGCGUGCAGCGAGUGGUGGAGACCGGAGCCCGCGGCUUCCGUUCUAUCCACUCCGCCUCUUCUCCCGCCCGCCUUCGUACCUACGGGCUCCUCUGUCUCCUCUCCAUGGCCGCCACCGCCACCGCCUCCCCCUCCGCCUCGCCGCUCCUUCUCCGAGCGCCGAGCUCCGCCUCCAGGGCGUGGCUCCGCACCGGCGGAAAGGCGUCGUCUUUCAGAGGUAGCAAUUGCAGGGCGCUGAGGUGCACGGAGGCGCCAUGCCGCUGCAGCGCUUCCACUGCAAGCUCGGGGCAAUGCGGAGGGGCUGACGACGGCAGAGUCGUCGUCUCUAGCAGCAGCAGCAGCACCCGGAGGGGCAUGAUCGGCGCGGUGGUUCUUGGUGUGUCGUCGUCUGCGCUCUGCCUGCAGGCCGCGCUCGACGCCGUCGCCGGGGGCCUGCCGCCGGAGGAGAAGCCCAAGCUCUGCGAUGACGCCUGCGUGAAGGAGCUGGAAAAUGUGCCUAUGGUGACUACUGAAUCUGGUCUGCAGUACAAGGAUAUCAUAGUCGGCCAAGGGCCGAGUCCACCCGUCGGUUUCCAGGUUGCUGCAAAUUGCGUCGCCAUGGUGCCACCUGGGCAGAUAUUCGACAGCUCGCUGGAGAAAGGCCAGCCCUACAUAUUCCGUGUUGGUGCAGGACAGGUGAUAAAGGGGCUCGAUGAAGGGCUCCUGACGAUGAAAGUUGGGGGAUUGCGUCGGUUGUACAUACCCGGUCCGUUGGCAUUUCCUAAGGGCCUUACUUCAGCUCCUGGAAGGCCAAGAGUGGCCCCAAGCAGCCCCGUCAUAUUCGACGUCAACCUAUUGUUCAUACCAGGUCUUGAUGAUGAGUGAAAACAAUUGUAUCAAACAUUUUACAGGAGGAAACUGAAGCCAACAGUUUACUGUUUUUGAAUUACCAUGUAUGUAGAGUGACAAUUGUUUCCGGCAGAAAAUUAUAAGGCAAGUACAUAGCAACGUUGGUGGUGACUGGAAUGGGUAGCCUCAGUUAUACAAAGAUAUGUGCUAAUUCUUCUACUAUCUUGCCUAGUGUUUUAUGGGAAUAUUUGAUGUGCUCAAGACCUUCA